AUGCUUGCCUAGAGAGUACUUUUUAUCAUAUUAUCGUGCUAUCUCUCUUUUCUUAAUUCAUGUAAACUAAGUUAGUACAAAAGAACUUUACGAUAAGAAGAUUCUUUAUGUCGAGAAUAGGCUGGAAUAUAAGAAGGUGGAAUUCACUAUGAAGUCAUUAGUAUUAAAGCUAAGAAUGGAUAUAAAGCAUUUAAAUUUAUUACUGUGAGACCACAAAAAAAUAUGCGACAUACCGAUUCUAUAUCUAGGUGGGUUUUCAGAUAUAACUCUUGGGAAGAUGAAAAUUCUAUUUAAAUUGUAAAUGCUCUGAAAAUGGUUUCUAUUUAAUAUCCUGAUUAUAAAAUAGCUCUGUUGGACAUAGGAGCUAAUCUUGGAUGGUAUACAUUUGUCGCUGCUUCACUUGGUUACAAUGUUAUUGCAUUUGAACCAUUUGAGCAAAACUAUAAGGCUAUAGAAUAUGGAAUAUGUCGUAACUAAAAUAUAGGAGGUACCUAUAAGAACGUUAGAUUCGUAUACAAAAACCAUUUCACCCGAUAUUAAGAUUGGAAUCUUAAAAAUUGA